AUGCAGCCAAAAUUGCUUUCCAAAUCGGGAGGCUUUGAGAUGACACAAAGACCCCAGAAAACAGAUCUCCACGGGGCCAGGUGUCGCGGGAACCUCGGGGGGCGUGAGCGAGCAUCGCCUCGUAUAGAUCAAGGCGUUUAUGGUUUCCCCGUUAAACACAAAUCAUCCGCAGCCGCAAUAGGAGAGCGGCCGGCCCAGGAGAGCAUCCCGGCCGCAGAGAAGCCGGAUCCCGGAUCUUCGGCCGCGUUGAUGAGGCUCCAGAGAGGCCCUGGGCCACGAGGAGCCAAGGACCAGAGGAGCCGAGGACAAGAGGAGCCAAGGACUAGAGGAGCCGAGGACCAGAGGAGCCGAGGACUAGAGGAGCCGAGGACCAGAGGAGCCGAGGACCAGAGGAGCCGAGGACCAGAGGAGCCGAGGACCAGAGGAGCCGAGGACCAGAGGAGCCGAGGACCAGAGGAGCCGAGGACCAGAGGAGCCAAGGACCAGAGGAGCCGAGGACCAGAGGAGCCGAGGACCAGAGGAGCCGAGUACCAGAGGAGCCGAGGACCAGAGGAGCCGAGGACCAGAGGAGCCGAGUACCAGAGGAGCCGAGGACCAGAGGAGCCGAGUACCAGAGGAGCCGAGGACCAGAGGAGCCGAGUACCAGAGGAGCCGAGGACCAGAGGAGCCGAGGACCAGAGGAGCCGAGGACCAGAGGAGCCGAGGACCAGAGGAGCCGAGGACCAGAGGAGCCGAGGACCAGAGGAGCCGAGGACCAAAGGAGCCGUGAGCCGAAGACCAGAGGAGCCGAGGAGCCGAGCCCAAAUGAGCCGAGGAGGCGAGGACUAG